AUGGAUGAAACCCCUUAUAACUUUUUUCACUAUCCUAUUGAUCAAGAUCUCAACGACUUUACCGCACUACUUAACGAUGGUGACUUUGACGUUCCUGCAGCUUCCUUGGCUUCCGGACAGGUACCAACGUUUCAAGCGCAAAACACAUUUGUCACCGAUGGCUCUUUUAUUGGGUAUCCAACAGCUCCUGAUAUGCCUGCACUACCGUCGAAUAUGAUCAGCGGUCCUGCUGUAACUACCACAGAUUUCGGUAUGGUGCUACCUGAGCAAUCGCGCGCACUUUUUACCAAUGGAUUCGGUGCUCAGUCUGCUCAAGAUGGCUUUCGUCCUGAUGCGGUGUUUGUCAACAGCCCGCUGUCAGUCGCGGGUUCCAAUACUGUAUUGCGCAUGGCAGGCGGCCAUCUGGUUCCUGCUGAAGCCAGCAACGUUCAUCGUGCUUUCUAUGAUGGGUCGCAUUCACCAGAAAGGAGUCUGUCUACUGGUCCUGCCGUAAAUACCGACUCCCGCAGAAAACGGGCUGGACCACAAAAAUUGGAUCGGAAAUACUAUCGCAACGUUCUUCAAGCACAGGCCGAGGUCUUUUACGCGGAUAAAGGUAAACGCGAGACUAUCAUCCGCAACAAGGAAACCGGCCAUUUCCAUUGUUUAUACUGUGUAUAUACCACCAGAAAUGGAGGAUCUAUAGUAAACCAUGUCAAUGGCGCAAUUCAUUCGGCAACCGCUCUGCAACAGCAACAGCAACAGCAACAGCAACAGCCGUUGUCACGUCCCGACACUCGUGGUAUGCCGCUUAUUCCCGAGGAGCCCGCUAAUAGCGACGAGCCUGUCAAUCCCGUUAUUGAACUUGCUCUCCAAUCCAUCAAGAACGAGGACAAGCCAUACAAUGCCCGUCAACAUACUAGCAAUCCAGUCAGCCAACGCAGUAUUAGUUGGUUUUUCUCGCAUACAAAGUGGGACAGCUUUGUGGACACCUUGACGUCUCCCAUGUCUUCUGAAAACAGCCAAGCCUUGCAGGAUAUCAUGGUGGAUGCCAAUUGGAACGAAGAUGAAGAUGAGGAGGGCGAGGCCGAGCCCGAUCAAGGACUGCAGGGCGACGAUGCUUACGACACUGACGAUGAGCAAGAGCGAACAAGGUCGCGUACAAGGAACCCAACUGGCUUGGAUAUAAAUGCCAACCGUGCUAGCAUCCUUGAAAUGGUGCGUAUUCGUAAGCAGAGUAACGAGGAGAACGCGGUCAAUGUCAUUGUUCGUGCUACGAAGCAUGUUUUUGUGGAAGCCAUGUACACCAUUAAUCGGACCGAUUACACAGCUCGUCGCCUUUUGAUGAAUGAACAAGGGCUGGUGGCACCGCCGUCAAUUGGCUUCAAGCAACUCACUGUAGAUGAGUCUGUCAACCGAUACGCCCGCGUGGGAUGCAGCCUGAUUGUAUCGCUUUAUCGCCUCAGGUCACAUCCUGAAAAGUACUGCCCGGAGUUGCUCUCGUGUAUUCCUGCCUCUGUCUCCGGUUCUCUUCAACGCUUGAUCGACGCGGUGGACAACGCUGCCGAGCCAGAGAACAAUGACAUUGUUACAUUGGUGCGUGACAUCAUGUGGGCGCUUAUCACAGAGCAGAAAAAUGCUGUCGACGGGCCUACUGGUUUCACGCUGUACCGACACCUUAUUUUUUAUACGCUCGACUACACUGGCAAGUUCAAAAACGUCCGCCUUGUGACACCAACGGUUGCUAUGCUCAUGUACUGGUGCCGGCUCCUUGUCCUGUACCAGAUCAGGCUGGAACAUAAGCAGGACCCAACUGUCCCUAUUGAUGUUAUUACCAAGAAAUACGAGAUAUAUACGCAGGAUGGAAAGCCAACGAGUUUCAAUGCAUUGCGCGAGGUGAUGCGGGUUGCUUCAACAGCUGUUGGUGACGAGCCUCGACUUCAUCGUAUCCUGUGGGUCCCAGACACCAACUAUCGCGAGCUCGUUGUGGCCAACACAAGCAACAAGAUAUCUAUCAAUCAUUUCCGGAUUUGUGUCGAGCUUUGCAUGAACGAAAUCGAGGCUGUCUUAAACUCGGCAGAUUUCUCCUUCGGCAUGCACAAUGUCAAGGAUCUGGUACUGGGACUUUGCCAAGGAGACACCAACAACAUAUGUGACAACAUGGGUCUUGCAGACGUCGGCUACUCGUACAUCAUGGACGGUCGUAACCAAUUUGGUAGUGUCCGAUAUGCUCUCGUCAAUGCACUUUUGAGGAAUGGAAAUUGGAGGAGCCAAUAUGUAGAGGCCAUCGAUCGAGCUGGAACAAUCUUAUGGAACAAGGCAGCAAUCUUUGCUUGGUUGGAAAAAUGUGUCUACAUUCAAAAGCUGUUGAUUGUCGCAAUGCAUUUGAGCUAUGGUCAGCCUUGUCGAGGCGAAGAGUUGGCUCAGCUAUGCAUAACCAACACACAAUAUGGCGACCGGUCCCUCUUUUGGGGUGUCGCUUAUAAUACCAUCAUGGUCAUCACUCGGUACAACAAGAGCCGAGAGCUGACAUGCUCUGACAAGUAUAUUGCCAGGUAUCUACCGCACAAACUUGCAGUUUUGCUCACAGGGUAUUUGGCAUAUUUUCGCCCACUUGAAUGUAUUUUUACUGGUCAUCUUUAUGGUCCAGAAGCGCGUCUUACUUGCAUGGAGCGGCUAUUUGUCGAGAAUGGUACUGCCAUGACUGGAAAGAAGGUUCGUCGGAUUUUCGCAUGGAUAUAUGCCAAAAAGAUGGAUCCACCGUUAUCUUUUUCCGACCAUCGCCAUGUGUCAAUCGCGUUCGCACGUCAGCUGAUUGGCGCAAAGAAGACUCUACAGCACGUUGACGAGGAGGAUCUUGAAGACUGGCCAGAGGAGCUCGAUCUACAAGCCGGUCACUCAACAGCGACAGCCGGUUUGGAGUAUGCUAGAAGCAACAUCGACAGUCGCUUUUUGGAUCCAAUCACAGCGCAAAAGUACUUUGACAUGAGCAGAAGAUGGCACACUCUUUUGGGGAUCGAGAAAAAACAAAUUAGCAAUACAUCUGGCGACCCGUUGUUGGAGCGUCGCAAAAGAGAAAUCAAAAACGUCAACAAGCUUAUCGAGGAAAAUGCAGCAUAUAUCGAAGCACGGAAUCAUGCUUUGAUGAGGAAUAUGAUUUUAGAGGACAUGCACCGUCGAGCACGGAAUGCAAUGGUGAACGGAGGACCAGCAAUUCCAAUCAUCAAAGAAGGAGCGAAUCGCUCACUUGCCGCUUGUCAAGGCAGUGCUCCUGAUGUGACCAAUAUGUCAAGUGAAGCAAAGGCUCUACGAGGAUUACGGCUACUGCUGCAGGAACCCUCUGCGACUUUCCAGUCCAAGAUUCAGCAAGAAGCAACAAUCGCAGCAAUCGAACGAAAGAAAAAUAUACUUGUAGUGCUGCCAACCGGCGGUGGCAAAUCCGCAGUAUUUAUGGCGCCUAGUUUGAUCGAGAAGGAUAAAACAACAAUCGUGGUGGUCCCACUCGUAACGCUACUGGGAGACAUGGCGCGCCGUUUGGUGGAUUCAGGGAUCGAUUACUGUACGUAUGAUGGCACUCUCGACCAUGGCAUGAUGCUUUCGGUGAAAAUCAUCCUCGUUACACCAGAAAAGGCAAAGGAGCAAAAAUUCGUCAGCAUGCUACACACAAUGAGUGCACAAGGCCGUAUCAGCAGAAUUGUAAUCGAUGAGGCCCAUUUGGUGAUUACGUGGAGCUCGUUUCGGCCUACCAUGGGUGAACUAGCACAGCUUCGAACGGUACCGGUGCCUAUGGUGUUUUUGUCUGCUACACUGCCUCCGCCAUGGGAAAGCGAUCUGUCUGUCCUCUUUAAAACAGAAUUUCAAGUGUUCCGCUCCUUGACUGUACGACCAAACCUGCGCUAUGUGGUUCACACUAUCAAGAACAAGGGCAGCAACUUUAAGGAUGUCAAGGCUUACAUUGUCAGCCGGUUAAAGCAAGCUAUAACAGACGAACUCACAGGGGGCGGUCGUGCCAUUGUAUACUCUGCUGAAGUGAACAACGUCAAAGAGCUGGCGCAAGAUUUAAAUCAAGCACUGAACGAGGAGCUACUACAGGAGGGAUGUGGUGAUGCAAGCUCCACGAUAUAUACGACCUACAAGCAUCAGAACAAGAGGGCAAGGCUUGCUUGGAACUCCAAUCUGGUGCUCCCUCUCUAUGGCACUUUGGAUAGCGCGACAAAGCACGAGGCUUUGGAAAAUUGGCGUAGUGGUACUUGCCGGGUGCUCUGUGGUACAAGUGCGUGUGGCCUGGGCGUCGAUUAUGGUGAAGUUCGUCUGGUGAUCCAUGCCCAAUUCUCUCAAAGCCCACUCGACUACAUUCAGGAAACAGGACGAGCUGGCAGGGACGGCAAGCCAGCAGAGUGUCUACUGGUCAACACGUUUGGCGAUCGAGGACAAGUCCUUGGAAAGAUAAAGAAGCUCAUAGAAUCCACGGACGAUAAGAAUCAUCGGGACUAUCUUACCAAGCGCAUGUACUUUUGUGACCUGGUCACUCGUCCUGGCUGCAUACGGAAACAGAUACACACUUUGGUCGACAUUGAGGCGAAAACGUGUACCGAAUACGGUGGCCAUGUGAAGCUCUGCUACUACUGUGAAAAAGGAAUGCCACAAGCGCAAAGCCGAGAGUUUCAGCUACGCAGACAAAGUACGGACUAUAGCAUCAAUAGGCAAAUGUCAAGUUUGCUACCUCCAAGCUAUGGCAUGGCUUCAAGCGCACAACCAAAAACUCCAUCGAUAAUGGCACAAGAAAACACGUUGCAAUCUCUACACCUGAGGGCCAACAACAGCUUGGGCGCAACAAAAGCAAUGUUUUCCCCUGUUCCUAGCAUGAGUCCUUCAGUCCAUCCAAGUCCAAGCUCCAUAGUAUCCGCCCGACACAACAUCGAACAAUCCCUUGGCCAGUCGGCUUCUCGUCAGCAGAUGGAGAUCGACUCGCUGGUGGCAACCGCUGAGGUGCGAGCAGCUAAAGACGACAAGGCGCAUUUCAAGGACUUGUUAGAAACGUUCAAACAUUGCUGCAUGAAUGAAUUGGUCAAGGACCAUGUGGCAAUCGACAAAAAUAGCAAGGAUCACUGUUCUACACCGGACAAGAAAGGGCUGUGCCACAAGUGCCUCAGCACCACACAUUACACGACCAACUGUCCUGCAAAAAAGGGCAGAGACCUUCACGCUGAAUAUGGAACCUUGUUCAAAGACGACGUAGAUUUUGCAACGUGGCUACAGGCGGCCCCGAGCAGCAGUCGAAAAUCAUUUAAAGUGCGGAACAACGGAACGGAUGUCUAUUUGACGUUCCUUGGAGAAUAUAGAAAUCACAAACGCGACAGCCAAUGUUCAUGCACAGUGCUCUAA